ACCCCGUCUCUGAGGAGUAUAAGUAGGGCGCGUUUGAACGACCCAUCCUACAAUCAACUUUCUUCCAACCUUCUAUCUACCAACGCACUAUCACUAUCACUUUCAUAUUAAACAUGUCUGCCCAAGAGCCCAGCAAGACUUCUGGUCAAUUCCACUCUCUCAAGGGUACCGCUAUGGAGACAAUCGGCGACGUGACGGGGAUGAAGUCUUGGUCACAGUCUGGCAAGGAGGAGCAUGCUAAGGGGGAGGGCGAGUACAACGCCGCCCAGGCCAAGGGAUACGCGGAGGGCGUUAUUGACAGAGCCGCCGGUUACAAGGACUCAGUCGCCGGCGCCGUGACUGGCGAUAAGACUCAGCAAGCCACUGGAAACGCCAGGAACGAGAAGGGUCAGACGCAGCAAGAGAUCAACAAGCCCACAUGAGUUUCAAGCGUCUGCGUCGUCUCUGUGUCGUAGAUGAUUGGUACCUACCUCCCCGACUUCAAGCGGAUAUGUAUCAUUUCCAGUUAGACCGACCCAAAUAAUAGCGCCUAUCAGUCCGAUUUC